GCGGCUCGAUUAAUUCAAAGAAAUACACAAAACGCAGCUUAACGCGCGCGCUUGCCAACUUGCAACCCAAAGCUGUUGCAUGUGCAACACUUUUCACUAACUGUUUGCUCUUGUUUGUUUUUUGCCUGUUCGCCACGUGAAUUUAUUUAUUUUUUUUGAGUUUCCACUUUGAGUUUUGGUGCCGUCGGCAAAAUAGAAUCAGCGCUCAAGCUCACGCUCAAGCUUAACGCGAGUGACGCGACACGUUGAGCGGCGUUGCCACAUGACCACAAUGCCACCGGAAAUGUCCACAACUACGGCUGCCGUUGGGGACACACCGGGCAGUCUAACGCCCUCGCCCUCGCCCACGGCCACGGCCUCGCAAGCGCCGCGCUCCCGCUUCAUGAUCACGGACAUUCUGGCGGGCAGUGCAGCAGCCGCUGCCGCCGCCGCCGCAGCCGCCGCCGCCGCUGCCAUGGCACAUGCUGCUGCCGGACGCCGCUCGACCAGUCCGCCGCCUCAGCAGGCCCAGCAGCAGACCCAAGCCCAAAGCCAACAGCAGGCGGCACUGCAGCAUUAUCUGGCACAGCAGCAACAGUUGCUGCGCUUUGAGCGCGAGCGUGAACGCGAACGCGAGCAAUAUCAUCAUGUGGCGCCGCUCCUGGCCCACUUUCCGCCCACGCACUACGCCGUGCUGCAGCAGCAGCAGCAGCAACAACAGCAGCAGCAUCCACACGCGCAUCUCCAUCGCUUUGCGCGACAAGCGUCGGGCGUGGGGGGGCGCGAGGGUUCGCCGCCGCUCAGCAAGGAUUGCCAGAGCUCGGCUUGGAGCACUCAGCAGCAACUUAAUUCGCCAGCGCAUGCACAUCCGCAGCAUCCGUUGGCCCAUCAUCCGCAUCCGCAUGCGCAUUCGCAUUCGCAUUCGCAUUCGCAUUCCCAUCAGCAUCAGCAUCAUCAUCAGUUGCAACUGGAACGGGAACGCAUCGAGGCGCUGGCGUUGCAGCGUCAUGUUGGGCAUGUUCCGGGCUCUGCGGCCGCCGUUGCCGCUGCAGUCGCUGGUCAUGUGGACGCGCAUGAUGAACGUUCGCGUUCGCCGCUGCUGCUGCAUUCGCUGGGCGGCAACAACAACAACAACAACAACAGCAGCAGCAACAAUCAUAACAACAACAACAACAAUGGCAAUGCCAGCGGCUUGUUGCUGGGCGGUGCCGGCAGCAGCAUCAGCGGAGAUCAGGCCAGCACCAUAGACGACAGCGACAGCGAUGAUUGUGGCGGCAAGGAUGAUGACGGCGAGGAUAGUUUGAAAAAUGGCAACGGCGGCGGCGGCGGCGCCAAUGGCGAUAGCCAUUUGGGCAUGAGUCUGAGCAAGAAGCAGCGCAAGGCGCGCACCGCAUUCACCGAUCAUCAGCUGCAGACGCUGGAGAAGUCCUUUGAGCGUCAGAAAUACUUGAGCGUGCAGGAUCGCAUGGAGUUGGCCAAUAAACUGGAGCUGAGCGAUUGCCAGGUGAAGACUUGGUAUCAAAAUCGCAGAACCAAAUGGAAGCGCCAGACCGCUGUGGGACUGGAGCUGCUCGCCGAGGCGGGCAACUAUGCCGCCUUUCAGCGCCUCUAUGGCGGUGCCACGCCCUACUUGAGCGCCUGGCCCUACGCAGCCGCCGCCGCUGCCCAAACGCCACACGGCGGCCCGCCCUCCGCCAUCGACAUCUACUACCGCCAAGCAGCCGCCGCCGCCGCGCUCCAGAAGCCCGCGCUGCCCGCCUCCUACAUGUAUCCCAGCCGCAUGCCCCCGGGCAUGACGCUGCCCGGCAUGCCGCCCCCGCCCGGCGCCACGCCCAUGAUGGGAGGCUACUAUGCGCCGGCGCUGCCGCCGCGCGAACGCGAACGGGAACGCUCGCCCGCCACCAGCCAGAGCGCCAACAGCGAGGCAGACUACGAGCGCAGCAGCAGCAGUCGCCAGCGCCUGCAGACGCCCAGUCCGCCGCUCAAUCCGGGCAGUCCGCCGCCGCGCCGCGAAGAGUCCGCCGCAUUGGCUGCCAGCAAGAGCGCGUCGCCGCCAGCGCUGCCGCCGCCGCCGCUGGAGCAGCACACGCCGCAUGAAGUCGAGGACGAUGAGGAUGAGGAGCUGGCGCUGGAGGUGUAAACAGCAGCUGGACGUGAACGCUUCAUACACUUGAGCUGGAUCUCAGACGGUGACGCAGAUGCUCAAAAAAAAAAAAAAAACUAAAUCUCGUUACGGCCGCACAUCAAACA